AUGUCGACCUCUUCAUCUCAAUCCCGUGGCAUCAAGGGCCGAAUCAGCAGCCUUCAAAAUGAGAGGAAACCGUCAUUGGAAUAUUCUCGGCCACGGCAGAAGCACGUCAAGCUCGCCGACGCCUAUACAUUUGCUCUCAGGGUUGCAUAUCUAUCUUACCUCCUGCAGCCACGGGCACGGAGGACAAGACAGGUCGCUGUUCCAAAGCCACAGGUUCACCGAUCCUCCACCUCCUUCAACGAUCUUAUGAAAGACUUCAGCCUAGUACGCGAUUCAAAAAGCACGAGAUUCCCGAAUGGCUUCGUGCCGAUCCUUGAAAAACGCCUCACGGGAGUCUUGAUGGGGAAGGAGAGAAGGAAAGAAUACGAGGAUGCAUUGGUCAAGAGAACCUUCGCAGCGUUUCUAAAUGCCUUUACAGAUCCGGCUUUCAAGAAGAGGAUGGAGAAAGAUCGGAGAGUGGAAGAUCUUGUGCUUAUAUUCUUUUCAAACGCUACAAAGGAAUUACAGAAGGGAAAGGCUCCAGGUGACGAUAGUGUUAAAAUGAUGGUUGACCGUCAUGUGGCUCUGUUUGUUCGGCUGAUCGGUCUCGUCAUGAAGGACCAAGAUUGGACACGGGACCGACCAGAGUUGACGGCUAGACUUUCCACACUCGAAAGCAAACUUCUAGCUCACGAUCAAGACCUGACACAGGACCAAGCAAACGGGGCUUUAAGCACUGUAGAAGAGGUGGUGCCGUUGAGCUAUGAGGUCAGAGACAUGCCACUGGUUCGAGUUGUGGCCAGGAUAUUUGGCUUCCCAGAAUCGAUGGUGCAAUCCGAUAUCACGAAGAACAAACCAUUCUGGACGGAAAGCGCUGCAUUACAGGAUUUGAAGACAUACCAAACACAUCUCAACCUUGGUACAGGGCGAACUCUCAAUCGCGGCGACUUCGAUACGGACCAGGCAUAUGAGCUGUGGAAGAAGUCUGAGAGCCCGGAUAUCUCUCAAUUAGUGCUAGCAAUAGUACAGUCAAAUCCAGAGUUGGCCAAAAGUGCCCCGGGUGGCGGCUUACCGCGAUUUAACGCACAACCUAAUGGGAUGCCGUCUUCUGAUUCGAGCUACUCGGAAGCUUCGAGAAGGCUAUCCCUGAAGUUGGAAGAUUCUUCGUCGUAUGUUAUUGAUCAGUCAAUCGACAUGAGCAGCCUCAAUAUUGGUACUGAGGGCACAGAUUGGCCUGAUGACGUGGAAAACAUUUACACCUUUACUCCAUCUGAUCCGAGAGCCGUCUAUCGGUUCAUACUCGCGCAAGCCCUGUCAUUUGAUGUGAAAGACACCUCCCUCGAAGCAUCUGAGGCGACUUCUACCACCCCUGCCAUUAAGCUAUUAUCGAAACAGUCUACAGAGUUGUUGAAUGAGAUAGCUCUUCGAUGGCGCAUACCUCAUUCUAGUCGCUUGGUGAUGUUCUUGGACGUUGUGCGGCAAAGGUACAUCGAACAACAAAUCGACCUUGAUACUCUGGAUACCGCUUUCAUCUUUGUCAAAGAACCACCUACCGAAAACAAACGAAGCUCUGUGGUAAUGACCUCUGUGCUUUAUGAGCGGGAGAAGUGGACAGUUACGGAUUCGGUCCUCAUGCAGCAACUGCUUCACGCACUAGAGGAGAAUCUCCUGAGAGAGCUUUAUGAAGCGAUUAUGAUGAGCUACGAUGCGAAGAUAUCCCCAGUUCUUGGUAAAAUCUUGUAUGUCCUGGAUACUCACAUUCGUGCAGAUCCUAGUUUCGUGCGAGUUCCUGACCAAGAGGCGCAAUUCCGAACCACCGUUGCGGAUGGUCUUGUUAACAAAGCGAGCGAGGUCUAUGGAUCUUAUGUUGAAAAAGAAAUCCCCCAGGAGCAAGAAGCUUGGGAGUUCUAUCACGUGAUCCAGCUAGGAAAGAGCGUAAUAAAACUGGCGGAAAAAAUACAAAAACGAUUCAAGAAGAACCCUGAAAUUUGUGGUGUCGAACCUCUUGCGAUCCUGCUUGAGUGUCUGCUGCCUUCCUAUGCUGAGGACGCUCGGGACAUCAUAGGCAGGAUUCUGGAGGGUGCUGCUGAGAAGGAGCAGGAAAUACCCAUUCAAGACGGGUUUGACCUUUACAAGGAAUUGAGCGAGGUCCGUCGGAUUCACUCCAAUGCGCUACCAGACGUACCUUUUCCGUUCCAUGUCGAAAGUCUACUAGCAGAUUUUGUUUGGCGAUGGAUCCAAAUGAGCAGCGAGCAAAUAAAUGGUUGGGUUGAGAAUGCCGUCAAGCAAGAUCGAUUCACUGUGCGCACGGAGGGGGCUAAGGCAAUACCUACUGAGGAUGAGCGACAUAGUAUUUCCGUGAUUGAUAUCUUCAGAUCCUUCAAUCAGAUCCUUGAUCAAAUAUUUCAGCUGAACUGGGACGAUGAUCUUGGGUAUGCCAAGUUUAUGACUGCUCUCUCGAAAGCAAUCGGUGAUGGUUUGGCGCGGUACUGCGACCUCCUUGACCAGAUGUUCAGCCGAGAGAUGGAUAGACUCACUCCAGAACAAGAAGCUGCUGCGGGCCAGACACGGCAAGAGAAAUGGAUGCAACUUGCCAAAGAUACUUGGAACAACAAGGAAAGGGUCGAACCUUUUCAGUUUUACGCCACGUCUUUUGUGAAAUUGAAUGAUAUCGCUUUUGCCAUCCGCCAAUGGGACAAGCUUGAACGCGAGAUCAAUGUUGACGCUUGCAUGGAGGUGAUUCAACGACAUAACCCGCCCGCUACGCAGAAACAGCGGAAGACCACCAACUUUGUCUUCACAAUCAAAAUCGUCGAGGCUGAAGAUCUAAAGGCCUGCGACAUUAAUGGUCUGAGUGAUCCGUACGUCGUGCUAACGGAUGAGUACCAGAAGCGGCUGUCCAAGACCCGCGUUAUCAUGCACAGUCUCAACCCUCGGUGGGAUGACACAGUUGACAUCGUCACAAGGAGCCCACUGAAUAUUAUCGCUACUAUUUGGGAUUGGGAUAAUUUCGGCGACCACGACUACGUCGGACGUACGUCUAUCAAGCUUGAUCCAGCACACUUCAGCGACUUCAUGCCGCGAGAAUAUUGGUUGGAUCUUGACACUCAAGGUAGGCUAUUAUUGCGUGUUAGUAUGGAAGGCGAGCGAGAUGACAUUCAAUUCUAUUUUGGCCGAACAUUUCGCACUUUGAAACGGACGGAACGAGACAUGACGAGGAAAAUUACCGACAAACUUUCUGCCUACAUCAAUCAUUGUCUGUCACGUCGAGCUCUUCGCUCUCUACUCAGCCGUGGGAUCUCGAUAUCGUCCGUCUCCUCAUACUUCAAAGGCAAUCGACAAUCGACCGCUCUCGCAUCUUCAGGCCCAACAGAGGCGGACAUAUCUAACGCCGUCAAGCCUCUAUUUACCUAUUUUGACGACAACUUCGCGAUCAUGAAUCUGACCCUUACCUCUGAGGCCAUGAUCAUGGUAAUGACUCGUCUUUGGAAAGAAGUGCUAGUCACCAUUGAAUCUAUCCUCGUGCCUCCUCUCUCGGACAAGCCAUCUCAACAACGACCCCUGACACAACAAGAAUUGGACGUCGUUUUCAAAUGGCUACAGCUUCUGUUCGACUUCUUCCAUGCUGUCGACGAAGAGACUGGCGAAGCCAACGGAGUGCCCACCAAUGUUCUCAAGUCUCCCAAAUACCAUGAAAUCCAGACUCUCAACUUUUUCUACUUCGAUACUACCGAGAACCUUAUCCGCACCUCCGAACGCAUGGCCUCCGCCACUGCCGCCCGCCAAGCAGCAAAUCGCAAUCGUCUUUCUGCCCCGCCAUCGCUAGGCAUGAGUUUUGGCAGUGGGCCUGCUGGAUUGAUGGGCAUGCCCAGCACUCGUCGGGCCAAGAGUAUCAUGUUGAGUCGAAAUCUUGGCACGAUGAGGAAGGCUAAGGAGGAGAAAUGGAAAGAGGCGCAGGCUGAUCCAAAUGAUGACAUGAUACUCAGGAUUCUCCGGAUGAGACCAGAGGCCGCAAACUAUCUGAGGGAUCGAAGUAGGCAGAAGGAGAGACUGGCGGCGGCAGCGGCAGCGGAUCUGAUCGUUCGGCAGAGCCUUUUGGCAGGCAGCGGCGGGCGAAUGGCUGGGACUCUAGGCAGACGCUAG